CGACCCAGUCCGACGUUACCUCUGCAGAGGAAAACGCAAUGGAGCCCUGAAACAUUUGUCAUUUUUUUUUUAUAUCUCUCUUUUGACCCCUGGAAAAGAAUAUUAGUAGGCAAACCCCCCCCACAACCCCCCCAUCGCUUCAUCUGUUAUUUAUUUGAGGCGCAACAGGGCGGUGCAACGAUGUGGAUCCAAAUUCGUACUAUAGACGGGAAGGAGACGCGUACCGUUGAGGAUCUUUCUAGAUUGACCAAAAUUGAGUCUUUACGGUUGAAAAUACAGGACAUCUUCAAUGUGAGCCCACAACAACAGCGCCUGUUCUACAGAGGGAAGCAGAUGGAAGAUGGCCAGACGCUGUUUGACUACAACGUGGGUCUCAACGACAUUGUCCAGCUGCUGAUCCGCUCACAGACCGACCCUCCCGACAGCCCCAUCACCAAGGGCUCCUCAAGCGUCGCCUGUAGUUCAGCUCCUCCCUCUGACUCCAGAUCUGAAAGCCACGACUCCCCAGCUCCCAUCUCACCCGCUGCUAUGGAAACCUCCACCAACAUAGACAAUGACAGCAGCGACACCACCAGCAGCAUUAACAAAGCCAAGCCGGACACCAGCGCUACCAGUAACUCAACCAGUACCAAAAAUGGGUUUAAGUCCUCCAGUCCGGUGUUGGACACCCAGCCGCCAACAUCCAGCAAAAACGCACUAGUCAACCCGGGAAUUGGGAUGUACAAGAUUAACGAGCUGGUGGACUGCAGAGACGUGAGCAUCGGCGCCUGGUUUGAGGCCUGCAUCGAAAAUGUGACACGCACUCCCAAAGGACAGAUAACGUCCACCAAGGGCAAGGUGGGCCGGCCCCCAAAAAGGACUAAUGGAAAGCUGGAGGCCGAGCAGGGACAGGCCCACAGCCAGGGCCAAACCACAGACAGUAACAGGAAUAAUGUUGUGUUAAACUCGGAGAGUAACGGAGCCUCCACCUCUCAGACAGACUCUACAGCAACUACAGAGAGCAAGGAGAGAGAAGAGGACGUAAUUUACCACAUUAAAUAUGACGACUACCCAGAGAACGGUGUGGUGGAAAUGAGACCGGUGGAUGUGCGGCCUCGUGCCAGGACCCUGCUGCAAUGGGACCAGCUAAAGGUUGGCAUGCAGGUGAUGGUCAACUACAACCUGGAGACCCCAGACGAGAGAGGUUUCUGGUUUGACGCUGAGGUUCAGGCCCUCAACCAAACUACGCGCACCAACAAAGAGCUCCGAGUCAAGAUUCUCCUGGGGGGUCCUGGAGACGUGAUUGGCGAUUGCAAAGUUCAGUUUCUGGAUGAAAUCUACCAGGUGGAGAAACCAGGAGCGUGUCCACUCUCGGCCGCAGAUGGACAAUUUAAACGGAAGAGUGGGCCCGAGUGUAAGCACUGCAAGGCUGACCCGGACGCCGAGUGUCGCUUCUGCUCCUGCUGCGUGUGCGGCGGGAAACAGGACGCUCACAUGCAGCUGCUGUGCGACGAAUGCAACAUGGCGUUCCACAUCUACUGCCUCAACCCGCCACUUGCCAGCAUCCCGGAUGACGAGGACUGGUACUGUCCUACCUGUAAGAAUGACACCAGUGAGGUUGUCAAGGCAGGAGAAAAGCUCAAAGCCAGCAAGAAGAAGGCUAAGAUGCCGUCGGCAACAACUGAGAGUCAAAGGGACUGGGGAAAGGGUAUGGCCUGUGUGGGGCGUACCAAGGAGUGCACAAUUGUUCCUUCAAACCACUACGGACCCAUACCCGGUAUUCCUGUUGGAACCACAUGGAAAUUCAGAGUUCAGGUGAGCGAGGCAGGUGUUCACAGACCACAUGUCGGUGGUAUCCACGGGCGCAGUAACGACGGCUCCUAUUCUCUGGUGUUGGCCGGGGGCUUCGAGGAUGAAGUGGACCGGGGAGAUGAGUUCACCUACACAGGCAGCGGGGGCCGUGACCUCUCAGGGAACAAACGGAUCGGAGAGCACUGUUUUGACCAGACCCUUACCCACAUGAACAGGGCUCUGGCUUUAAACUGCGACGCGCCUCUGAACGACAAGGACGGGGCAGAGUCCAGGAACUGGCGGGCGGGAAAACCGGUGAGAGUGGUGCGCAGCUCCAAAGGCCGACGCAUCAGCAAAUACGCUCCCGAGGAGGGAAACCGCUACGAUGGUAUCUACAAGGUGGUAAAAUACUGGCCAGAGAUAGGAAAGUGUGGUUAUCUGGUUUGGCGGUACCUGCUGAGACGGGAUGAUCUGGAGCCAGCGCCAUGGACACCUGAAGGGCUGGACAGGAUAAAAAAACUGGACCUUGGUGUUCAGUACCCACCCGGCUACUUGGCAGCCAUGGCUAACAAGACUAAGAAAGAGGCCAACGCCAGACCCGGUCGCAGAGGUCGGGGUAAGCACCAUCCCGGGAGGGGGAGGCCGCGGAGACAACUCAAGAUCAAGGAGAAAGAGGAGAAUGACGAGGAAGAGGAGGAAGAGCAGCCGAUGGCCGGCGUGGACGAGGAGGAGCCCGAAAGUAACGGAGAGCAGAAGACAACCGGAGAUAGUGAAUCGUCACCGGUGGCAGAGCCGCCCUCAAAACGGUUGAAGAUAGAGGAAACCUUCCAGCUGUCAGAGCAGCAGCAGCAGUUAAUCCGAGAGGACACAGCCAACAAGAAACUCUGGGACGAAGCCAUGGGACACCUUGCAGAGGGACCGAAUUUCCUGCGCAAGAUGGAGCAGAUCUUCAUGUGCGUGUGCUGCCAGGAGCUGGCCUUCCAACCCAUCUCCACCGUCUGCACACACAAUGUUUGCAAGACUUGUCUUCAGCGGUCGUUCCGAGCGAAGGUGUACACCUGCCCCGCCUGCCGUCACGACCUGGGCAAAGACUACAGCAUGACCCAAAACAAGACGCUCCAGAUGCUGCUCGACCAGUUCUUUCCCGGCUACAGCAAGGGCCGAUGAGGUCGAAAAUCCCAUUUCUACGUAGAAUACAUACAUGCACAUAAGCAUCCAUUCUGUGCACCCACGUAUACCGUCAAGUACCUAGAGCUCCACUUUAAAACGCAUCACGCACACAUACUGUACUUACCCACGGGCAAAUGUAUAUUGCAUAUACAGCCAUUUAUGUAUACAAUCAUUCAUACACAAACAACCUCAGUAGGAACUGACCUCAUCUGUUGAACUUGGACUGUCUCCAUUAACGUCACCAGCCUGAAAUUCAAACAAGGACUUUUUUCUUUUUUUUUAACCUCCCCCACGAACGCACAAAAGACACACAGAAGGAGCCUUGACUCAUAUGCCCACAAGCAAUCUCAAGAUAUUAGCUAAUGUUUUAAUUUGCUCCUCCACCUCGUUGACCCACUGGUACCGUAAAUUGCUACAAUGCAGCCCAGAUGUCUCCUCUGGUCAUGAAAUCAGCCAUUAGAUUCCUGCCAACCUGUAAGCAUUUUGUGUACCAUGUUGUACAGUUUUACACCAAAAAUACUCAGCUGAACCACUUCAUAUAUGUUCAGUGUUUAAAAAACGGUGCUAGGGUUAAUACAGUCAUUUAGGCUCAGCAGGACUGGCAGUUUCACAAGGUUCAUAAAGACAAAUGGAAGAGACGAUGUCCCGCACAAUCAGAGCAAGCAGAUCAUGACUUGGCCCUUUUGGCAAAGGUAAAAAUUAAGAAAGUCAAGAUUCAAUUUAUAUAUGAAAAGAAGCACACACUGUUUAUGCCUUUUGAAGCACUUUAUCAAUGACAUGUGCAGCAGACUUGUUUUGUAGUUUAACCAGGAGCACCUGGUAGCAUCCUGCUAGCUGCUGGUGUCACUUGGAAUAAUACCAUCGCUACGCCUCAAGCUAAUAAGAAUAGCAAAUGUCUCGUCGGUGAUAAUUGAACAUAAAUUGGCAGAUGUGCCCAGUUUGUUUGGAGCUUCAGAAGAUUGCUGGCCACAAUAAAACAGCACAUACGUAGUGAACACAACAGUCAUCAACAGGCAAAACUCUUUCCUUUGGAUUUUAUGUGGAGUAAAAAAAAAAAAAAAAGGCAGGCAUUUAGUCAUUUUGAACCUCAUAAACAUACCAAAGACAUGAGGCAGGGCAGAGGCAAAACAUCUUCAGGAAUCUGCUUUUUAAAAAAAUUCAUUUCUGGUGAGGAAUCAUGACUAGGAAUAAAAUGCAAUAUGUACUUGUAAAGUAUCAAACAGCCAAAUAAAAAAGGGCACUUUUUUCGUUUCUACUUCAAAGCAGCUGUACAGAAAUACACACGAAAAAACAAGCAAGCACCAGUGAAUCUGUCUCAUAAGCGCUGUGGAAACGUCUUAACACUAUUAUUGAAAUGAUUUGUCAAACAUUGUUAAUCUUCACAUGUACUCUCUCAUUCAUGGUUCCACUUUGUCAGUCAGAUUUCAUGGACUGAACUGGUAACGAUGUGAUGAGUUAUGUGCUGCACCCUGAAAAGCUUGAAAAAGCAUGAAAAGCAUGAGGUGCGCCACUUGCAUCCACUUUUCAAUGACGCUUGGAAGGGCACACUGUGGCUGUCCAUGGUGUUACCAAGCAACCAAAACCAAUCCGUACUUCACACACAAAGAUGGUUAGCAUAUAUCGUGCUCGGCGGAUAUUCAUCUGCUGUUGUUGAGUCUGUUAGAUUCAGUGUUAUGUUCUGUGAGAUCUGCUUCUCCUUUGUUUUAGGAUCGCACGGUAAUGAUCGUGUGAGAUAUUUGUUAUCACAUUACAACCAUGAAUUGGAGCCUGAAGGAAAAGGCUACUGAUUUUCAUCCCCUGACAAAAGCUUCUUAAUGAACACAAUGGCUGUGUGGAUGGAUACACACCAUCAGAGGCUCGGUGACACUGCCUCAAUACACAGUAUACAGUAAGCACUGGCAGUCACAAAUGAUACCCAAAGUUGGUACCCAAUGUCCGGUCAGAUAAAUUGAAUCAGAAAUUCACUGAUUUAAACAUUUUAAUUUUAUACUAUUUUUAGUUUGGCAAAUUUUUUUGUAUGGCUGCUUCUGUUUAGACGACAUUUAAACAUUUGAACACUGAUUUUGUUAAAUAAGUUUUUUAAAAAAUGGUUUUGUAGAGAAAAAAAUCCAAGUGUCAUAUUGACACUAAUACUGAAGACAUGUAAACAAUACCCAGUGCUUCAUGCAUCAAGUGAGAACUUUUGAAUAUUGUGAAAGAUUUUCCAACAGUGCAUAUGUGAGAAUUCAUUGGUGCAUUAAGAUGUAACACAUUGGAGUAGUUUCAACAGGUUGUAUGUUGAAUUACAUUUAUACAUGAAAGAUAACAUAACUGUGAAUAUAGAGUGGCAAAAUGCAUUUAUAUGGAAGGUUAAGGUUUAAUUAUGUCCUACUACUUUAACACUGGGCCUGGGUUAAUCAUUUAAUGUACAUGCCGCCUGUUAGCCAAUGAAAGGUCGUUAGAUAAUCAGUGUCAGCAACAUCCCCUAAUUUCAUCACCACAUACACACAUUGAGUGUGUAUAUCAAGGAAAAAGAGACAUGCCAGGAAUACAAGAGCAGACUUAAAAGAAGAAAAAACACUUUCAAGCUGAAUCGGGAAAGACGGCAAACAUUUGACUGAAAACCUUAAAUAUAUAAAUAUAAUAUAUAUAUAUAUAUAUAUAUAUAUAAAUAUAUAAAUAAUCAGAUCUGAGAAUGAAAAGAAUCGCUCACGUCCACACUAAGACAAGGACCUGUGGCGAGGGGUUAAAAAGGGGCAUUAACCCUCCUGUUGUCCUCGAGUCAAGGAAGGAAUGGAGGAAGGAAGAAGGAAGGAAAUGAGGGAGGAAGAAGGAAGGAAAGGAGGGAGGAAGAAGGAAGGAAAGGAGGGAGGGAGGAAGGAAGGAAGAAAGAAGGAAGGUAGGAGGGAGGGAGGGAGGAAAAGAGGAAGGGAGGAAGGAAGGUAAUGGGGAAAACAGAAAGAGGAGGGAGGGAGGAAAGAAGGAAGCGAGGAAGGAAAGAACGAAGGAAGGAGGGAAGGAAAGAAGGAGGGAGGGAGGAAGGAAGGAAGGGGGAUGGAGGAUGGAGUCUGUCCUUCCUCCCUCCCUCCUUCUCUCUUUCUUUCUUUCCUUCCUCUCUUUCCUCCCUUCCUUCUGUCCUUCCUUCCCUCCUUCCUUCCUUCUUUCCUCUGUCCUUCUUUCCUUCCUUCCUCCCUUCCUCUUUUCAUUUCUCUCUCCUACCUUCCUUCCUUCUUUCCUCCCUUCCUUCUUUCCUUUCCUCAAAUACAUUUUUUAGGCUUCUUGACACAGAAAGAGGGGGGGGGGGGGGGGUUACAUGAGACAGCAGAGUCUGUCAAAAACAAAGAUCAUCACAUUCAAACACACUCAAAUACAACUGAGUACCGAGUGGCAGCUGUGAACAAACACUUAAAAAAAAAAAAUUAAUUUGAACCAAAAGACCAACAAGAUUUGUUCUUGACUCUUUUUAAGCUACUUUUUGGUAAAAAUCCUUAAAAAAAAAAGACUUUUUUUUUUUUUAACGCUCACAUUUUCUUAUAUGUUACCAUCCAAUGGAUUCAGCAAGACCAGUAAAUAACUGCCCCUUACAUACCUUUUGAUAGGCACUUACAUGAGCUUUACAUAAAUCUUUACAUUAUUUUAAUACCUGGAAGACCAAUGACAGUCAUAAUCUUAAAUAAUAUGCUCAGGUCAUUUUUUUUUACUCUCCUUUUUUGUCCUUUUGCAGGAAAUUAUUCCACAAUUCGGUUUAUCAUUAUAAACCUUUUUUUUUUAAAUCAUUUUUUUUAGUGACUGCUGCAUAGUGCCACAUGGGGUAAUACUCAUGUGUGGACUGUACAGAAAGAUGCAUGGCCUUGUUAUUACACUGCACGCAUGCAUGUUCACUUAUUCACUGCUUUUAUCUGUUUUGACCUGACACAUCAUCUUCUACUUAUGAUCAAAUAUCGUGUAGAGAAGUCCGCUUCCCCCCCCCCUUUUUAGUUAAAAAUGUUGUUUUUUUAUAUUGUGAGCAGCUGACACAGAUUGGCAUCUUUUCCAGUGCUUGAUAUGGUACUUUAAAAUGUGAAGGGUUGGCAGGUCUGAUAGGAACUCAAACAACAACAUCCUGUGGAGGAGAGCUUAGAUUAGUUGGCAGCAGAGGCCCGGCGCACUGAUCUGAGAUCUGGACAGAGGUCAGAGGUCACCUGGAGAGCUUGACACAUUCAUCAGAAGUUCAACAUUCGAGUUUUGGUGGGAAAACGUAGUCCCCAUGUUCAUCCUUUACACGUUCACCUGUAACUGAGACGACAGCUGAUUGAACUCACUGCUGUAAACAUUUCUAUUACUGACUGACAUUCAGAUCAGAGAUUGAAGCUGCUGUGUGUCUGACCCAACACUUCCUCCCCCCUUUCAUUGGCGGGCUGUUUUGUUUGUGGUGACGUCCUCGUUUCUGUUCAAUCAUUCAGGAUUUUUUUUUUUUUUUUUUUUUUUUUAUUAUCUCUGUCUU